ACGCAAUCCGCUGGUGUACAAAAGUCAGGGUUUAAGACGAAUUAAAGCAUAAACCCCUCUUCACCACCGGGAGAGUCUAUCAGAGAUCAUCAUCAUCAAGCCGUUCUGCUCAGACCAAACCCUCUCUCAUAAAAAAAAACCCACUAAUGGUUGUCGUGCAAGCCGAUUCUCUGUCUGAGGAGAACGUUGUUGACCAUUUAAUUGACAAGCAAAAGCAUGCCGCUGCACCAGUAAAAUCCGCCGUCGACAAAUUCCAGCUUCUCCCUGAAUUUUUAAAGGGGAGAGGGUUAGUGAAGCAGCACUUAGAUUCGUUUAAUUAUUUUAUAAAUAUUGGAAUCAAGAAGAUUGUGCGUGCCAAUGAUCGGAUUGUGUCCACAGUUGAUCCUAGUCUUUAUCUGAGGUUUACAGAUGUUAAGAUUGGAAAGCCUUCUAUGGUGGUCGAUGCUAUUAGUGAACAAAUUACUCCUCAUAUGUGUCGCUUAUCUGACACGACGUAUGCUGCACCGAUAUUGGUUAAUAUAGAGUAUAUUUCAGGAAGCCAUGGUCGGAAGGAGAAGAUGAUAAAGAAUGAUGUUGUCAUUGGAAGAAUGCCCAUAAUGUUACGAAGUUGUUGCUGUGUGUUGUAUGGAAAAAAUGAAGCUGAACUUGCGAGACUUGGUGAGUGCCCCCUUGACCCUGGAGGAUAUUUUGUUGUCAAAGGAACUGAGAAGGUGAUUUUAAUACAAGAGCAACUUUCAAAGAACAGAAUCAUUAUUGAUAAUGACAAGAAAGGGAACAUAAAUGCAUCUGUUACAAGUAGCACCGAGGCAACAAAAAGCAAAACAGUCAUUCUGAUGGAAAAGGAGAAGAUGUAUUUAUGUCUCAACCAGUUUGCAAAAAAGAUUCCUAUAAUGGUGGUAAUGAAGGCUAUGGGGAUGGAGAGCGACCAAGAGGUGGUACAGAUGGUAGGAAGAGAUCCUCGAUAUAGCGCGUUGCUUUUGCCCUCUAUUGAGGAAUGUGCAAGUCAUGGUGUUUACACACAGCAACAAGCCUUGGAAUAUCUUGAAGCAAUGGUGAAGAGGUCUACAUACUCUAGUUCAUCGACUGAAAAGGAAAAUAGAGCUUUGGCCAUUCUUCGAGAUGUAUUUAUUGCUAAUGUUCCGGUGCGCAAGAAUAAUUUCCGCCCAAAAUGUAUAUAUGUAGCGGUAAUGUUGAGAAGGAUGAUGGAGGCUUUAUUAAACAAGGAUGCAAUGGAUGACAAGGAUUAUGUGGGUAACAAGCGAUUGGAGCUAUCAGGCCAAUUGAUUUCUCUGCUUUUUGAGGAUUUGUUUAAGACGAUGAUAACUGAGGUCCAGAAAACAGCAGACACUCUGCUAGUAAAACAAAACCGAUCUAGCCGGUUUGACUUUUCUCAAUAUAUAGUUAGAGAUAGUAUUACCAAUGGGCUUGAAAGAGCACUCUCUACUGGAAACUGGGAUGUCAAACGGUUUAGGAUGAACAGGAAAGGCGUGACACAGGUAUUAGUCAGGUUAUCCUAUAUGGCAUCGUUGGGCCACAUGACCAGAAUUUCACCACAAUUUGAGAAGUCCAGGAAAGUAAGUGGACCCAGGGCAUUGCAACCUAGUCAGUGGGGUAUGCUUUGCCCUUGUGAUACUCCAGAAGGAGAAGCUUGUGGACUUGUGAAGAACUUGGCCUUAAUGACUCAUGUUACAACUGAUGAAGAAGAGAGCCCAUUAAUCUCUCUGUGCAAGUGUUUGGGUGUAGAAGACUUGGAACUUCUCUCUGGAGAAGAGCUUCACACGCCAAACUCUUUUCUGGUUAUAUUUAAUGGACUUAUUCUUGGGAAGCACAGAAGGCCACAGCAAUUUGCAAAUGCCAUGAGAAAGUUGCGAAGAGCUGGCAAAAUUGGCGAGUUUGUAAGUGUCUUUGUGAAUGAGAAGCAGCGUGCUGUGUACAUUGCUUCUGAUGGAGGUCGAGUUUGUCGUCCGCUGGUUAUUGCAGACAAAGGUGUAUCAAGGAUUAAAGAACAUCAUAUGAGAGAGUUAAUGGAUGGAGCCCGCACUUUUGAUGACUUCUUACAUGAGGGAUUGAUUGAGUAUCUUGAUGUCAAUGAAGAGAACAAUGCUUUGAUUGCUUUGUAUGAAUGGGAGGCCACUCCUGAGACAACCCAUAUUGAGAUAGAGCCUUUCACGAUAUUAGGUGUUGUUGCUGGGUUAAUUCCUUAUCCUCAUCAUAAUCAGUCACCAAGAAAUACAUAUCAGUGCGCUAUGGGGAAGCAAGCUAUGGGAAACAUUGCAUACAACCAGGCAAGCCGUAUGGACUCGUUACUUUACCUAUUGGUGUAUCCUCAACGGCCUUUAUUGACAACAAGAACAAUUGAACUGGUUGGAUAUGAUAAGCUUGGGGCUGGUCAGAAUGCAACAGUUGCAGUUAUGAGUUAUAGUGGCUAUGACAUAGAGGAUGCAAUAGUCAUGAACAAGGCCUCUCUAGAUCGUGGUUUUGGUCGAUGUAUUGUUUUGAAGAAAUACACUUGCACCAAUCAAAAGUAUGAGAAUGGUGCAUCAGACAGAAUCUUAAGGCCACGAAAAAAUGAAGAAAGAGAGAGGGUGUUGGAUGAUGAUGGACUUGCUGCUCCUGGGGAAAUUAUUAGGCAUGGUGAUAUCUAUAUAAAUAAGGAGUCCCCAAUUGAAACAAGGGGGCCUUUAAAGUCUGCAGCAGCUUUAGCAGAUGUAAAAUAUCGGCCUUGUGCCCAAAUAUUCAAAGGUACUGAAGGGGAGUCAUGUGUAGUUGAUAGAGUUGCUCUUUGCUCUGAUAAAAACAACAAUCUAUGUAUCAAAUAUAAAAUCCGCCAUACUCGUAGACCAGAGGUUGGUGACAAAUUUAGUAGCAGACAUGGGCAAAAAGGUGUUUGUGGAACAAUCAUUCAACAAGAAGAUUUCCCAUUUUCUGAACGUGGUAUUUGCCCUGAUUUGAUCAUGAACCCGCAUGGGUUUCCCAGUCGAAUGACUGUUGGGAAGAUGAUAGAGCUUCUUGGGGGUAAAGCUGGAGUUUCAUGUGGUAGAUUUCAUUAUGGUAGUGCAUUUGGAGAACCAAGUGGUCAUGCAGACAGGGUUGAAGCUAUAAGUGAAACACUUGUUAAGCAUGGCUUUAGCUACAAUGGCAAGGACUUCAUUUAUUCAGGUAUCACAGGUUGUCCUCUGCAGGCGUAUAUUUUCAUGGGGCCAAUUUACUACCAGAAGUUAAAACAUAUGGUCUUAGAUAAAAUGCAUGCUCGAGGUAGUGGACCACGCGUCAUGCUAACCAGACAGCCUACUGAUGGGAGAGCUCGAAAUGGAGGUCUUCGAGUGGGAGAAAUGGAAAAGGAUUGUUUGGUUGCAUAUGGCACUAGCAUGUUGCUUUAUGAGCGCCUAAUGGUUUCCAGUGAUCAAUUUGAAGCUCAGGUUUGCAGAGCUUGUGGUUUAUUAGGCUAUUACAAUCAGAAGCUGAAAGCUGCAAUGUGUACCACGUGUAAAAAUGGGGAUAAAGUUUCUACUAUGAAACUACCGUAUGCUUGCAAGCUCUUGAUUCAGGAACUUCAGUCAAUGAAUAUUGUUCCUCGCCUAAAACUGGCCGAAGCAUGAUCUGAUGGCUAAUCUUACAGUUACCUCGAAUGUGAACUUAAAGAGACGGAUCAAGCUCAUGAAUUUCGUGGUCCAACAUUUGUUACUAAGUAGUUAGACAAGAGGUCUGUCAAUGCAAAAAGUCUGAUGACAAACAUGUCCUCACACGUCAUCCUUGCUUCAUCUGAAGGUGGAGCUGUGGGACGCUUUCUUCACAGGUCCCUGGAUGACGCAAAUGACCUACCUGUUCAUCUGUAAGGGUUGCUCUCCUUCAAGCAUUCUCAGGUACUCCGAAUAUCUGGCACCUAAAUCAGUCAAAUACUGGGUGGGUAAACUUCCUUUUCUAAUACCCUACCCCACGGAAAGUCAAAUCCCCACUGCCUCCUUUAAAGAGACGUCUGAACUAUUAGACAAAGGGUGUGCCCGAACAUUAGUGUGUGAUAAUACCAUAUAUAAAAUGGGUAUUUGAAGGUUUAGCAGUCCAUUAGUCUACUCAUGAAUCUUGGGAUCCGCCUGGAAUAUGUAGAAGCCGAGGAAUGGAUCCUAGAUUAUAAACAUUGUGAGUUGAAUACACAAGACACUUGAAAGUGAAUAAAACGUAUUUUAUAGGAACAAAAGUUAAA